AUGGAGGAGCAGACCCCAGAGAGCAGGGGCCUUGAAGAGAAAGCCCCCCGCAGCUUGUCCUCGCUGGGGGCCGGCUUCAUCCUGAUGAAGUCUGCCCUGGGGGCUGGCCUGCUCAAUUUCCCCUGGGCCUUUCAGCAGGCCGGCGGGCUGGCCCCGGCCUUCCUGGUGGAACUGGUGUCCUUGGUCUUCCUCAUCAGCGGGCUGCUCAUCCUGGGCUACGCGGCCUCCGUGAGCGGGCAGCCCAGCUACCAGGGCGUGGUCCGCGGGCUGUGCGGCCCCAGCCUCGGGAAGCUGUGCGAGGCCUGCUUCAUCGUCAACCUGCUCAUGAUCUCCGUGGCCUUCCUCAGGGUGAUCGGGGACCAGCUGGAGAAGCUGUGUGACUUUCUGCUGCCCGGUGUGCCGGUGGCCCCGCGGCCCUGGUAUGUGGACCAGCACUUCACCCUGACCCUGCUCUCCAUCCUGGUCAUCCUGCCUCUGUCGGCCCCACGGGAGAUCGGCUUCCAGAAGUACACAAGCAUCCUAGGCACCUUGGCCGCCUGCUACCUGACCCUGGUCAUCGUGGUGCAGUAUUACCUCUGGCCCAAGGACCUGGUCCAGGAGCCCCGUUUUCCACAAAGCCCUUCCUCCUGGACCUCUGUGUUCACUGUCUUCCCUACCGUCUGCUUUGGAUUCCAGUGUCACGAAGCCGCCGUCUCCGUCUACUGCAGCAUGCGCACCCAGCGUCUCUCCCGCUGGGCCCUGGUCUCCACGCUGUCCCUGCUGGUCUGCUGCCUCAUCUACUCGCUGACAGGGGCUUAUGGCUUCCUGACCUUCGGGGCACAGGUUUCUGCCGACAUCCUGAUGUCCUACCCCGGCAGCGACGUGGUCGCCAUCAUUGCCCGCGUCCUCUUCGCGGUCUCUGUGGUGACGGUCUACCCCAUCGUGCUCUUCCUGGGGAGGUUGGUGCUGCAGGACUGCUGGAGGCGGAACUGCUCCAGGAGCCCUGCCGACCCCUCAGGGCUGGGGGUGCGGCUGGCGCUGACCGGGUCGUGGGUCGCUGUGACGCUUGCUAUGGCCCUGCUCCUUCCCAACCUCAGCGAGGUCAUCGGCGUCAUCGGCGGCAUCAGCUCCUUCUUCAUCUUCAUCUUCCCAGGUCUGUGCCUCAUCUGUGCCAUGGACGUUGAGCCGCUGGGGCCAAGACUGAAGUCCUGCCUGGAGCUCUGGGGCGUGUUGUCUGUGCUGGUGGGCACCUUCAUCUUCGGCCAGAGCACGGUGGCCGCGGUCCUGGAGCUGUUCUGA